GGAAAGGAGAACAGCAGAGGUAGGGACGUCUCAUUUGACAUAUUUCACAGAAGAUCUGUAGCUUUAAUUUAAGCAGACAUUUAGUAUUUGUACCUUACACAAAUCAAACUUCCCUAAAUAUCUGCAAUGGCUUUUAAAGCAUUUACACACACACACGUCUAUGAAAAGCAAUUAGCCUCAAAAGACAAGGACAAGUCCAGCAUCCAGUGCAUUGAGUGCUAUGACCGAAAUGUGUAUAUAGGGACCAAAGAUGCAACAGUCCUGCAUCUCAUCCUCCCCAGUGGCACAGAUGGAGACCCGAGUCCUGGCCAGAGCAAGAUCAGAGAGUGUAGGGUGAGAAAACUUGGCUCAAGCAACCAAGUAGCCCAACUGAGGGUACUCCCACUUUUCAACCAUCUGCUGGUCCUGUGGGACCGGAGCGUUACUGCCCUCAACAUGUUCUCCUUAGAGCCGGUUGUCGCACUCAAGAAGAUCCAGCAUGUGCAUUUGUUUGAGGUGUGCGACUCAUUGCUCGCAACCCAGGCAGCAUGUGUGGAGUUGGUGACUUCUUCCAGCCGCAGGAAGCUGAUCCGGAUCCACGUGGUGGGAGUGGACAGGUGGGACGUUGUAAAAGAAGUCUCUCUGCUCCAGGACCCUGUGGCCUUGGCAGUGGAUGGUGCCUGUGUGUGUGUAGGUACCAUCGACAGGUAUCUCCUCUGUGAUAUCCGGACUGGGAGCAGUGAUGAGCUUUUUCCGCACAAUCACAGCAGACAGCGCAUUAUUGUGACCUCGAUGGGACGAGGGGAAUUUCUCCUGAACGGGCCUGAAUCUUUGGGCAUGUUUGUGAUGAAGACAGGGAUAUGCCAGCGCCCUCCCCUGCAGUGGCCUCAGGAGGUGCUGGCAGCCGGAGUAUGUUUCCCUUACAUCCUAACCCUGCAGCCCCAAGUGCUGUCUGUGUACAGCGCGGUAGAUCAGCAAUGCAAACAGACUGUGAAUCUCAGUGGAGCGAAGGGUCUGCUCUCCACAUCAGAUGGUGUGUUAGUGUUCACAGAGAGAGAUAUUUUCAGCCUGCGUCUGGUGCCACUCAAAGAGCAGACCCAGGCACUUGUGCGGCUUGAGAGGUUUGAGGAGGCCUUGUUGCUGCUGGAUGGAGUUCAAGGCCAUAGUCCACUUGACUCAUACAAGGAGCUGCAGAAGGCCAUCUCUUGCCUCGCUGGAUUUGUUCAUUUUUACCAGGAGGGUUUUUCCGAGGCCAGGGUCCUAUUCAUUACAGGUGAGCUGGACCCCAGAGAACUCAUCCGCCUCUACCCUGGCAUCCAGGUGUGUCUCAGCGAGGACUUUCAAUCCCACCUUGAGCCACUGAACAAGAGCAGGGAUCUGCAGGUGCUCUGCCAAGAGGACAGGCACACAUUUCAUCAUUACCUGGCCUUCCUGGGAGAUUUUCUCAGAGCAGUCAGGGGGACGGAGCAAGGCCUGAAGUGCAGUAAGGAGGUGGACUACGCCCUCCUGAGGCUGUACGUAGAACUGGGAGACACUGAAAAUCUGCAGCAGCUCGUGACAUUUCCCAAUGUGUGCAGGCUGGACCACUGUCUUCCUGUUUUGGAGCAACACAGCAGAUAUUUCGCAUUAGGUUCCCUCUACCAAAGCCAUGGAAAUCAUAUUGAUGCAAUUAAGACUUGGGUGAAAAUUGCAGAUGGCCUCCACAAAGACCCGUCUUGCUCAGAUGUGUAUGGACACAUAGUGUGGACUCUCAGUCAACUGCAAGACAGAGAUGCAGUGUGGACAUUCGCAGACUGGACCCUUCAAAGAAACCAGGAGAUAGGAAUGCAGAUUUUCAACAAACGUGCACCAGAUGAUCGAUUUGAGACACAAGACGUCCUUGCUCUCAUGGAGAAGUACCCACUGGCGUUGCUACUGUAUCUUGAGUUCUUAAUCCAUGAUUUGAACAGUGAGGAGGAGGGACAUCACAACCGUCUGGCCCUGGCAUAUGUUACCCAGUCACUGCGAGAGGAAGAGGAAUCUGAUUUGAGGAAGACCAGAGGGAAGUUGCAGCAGCUGCUAUGGGAAUCCAAAUUCUAUGACGUCUCCACUGUAUAUGAGAGAGUCGAGUCAGAAAACUUGCUUAGAGAGAAAGCCAUUCUCCUCGGUAGGACCGGUGGACACUUUGAGGCACUGCAGGUGCUUGUUCACCAGGAGGGAGACCUCCAAGCUGCAGAGGCCUACUGCUGCAGGGCGGCCCGGGGCCGGGACGCACAGUUUUGGCAGACCCUGCUGCUCACCCUGCUCCAAAUCUACCUCAGCUCCGAGGAUCACACCAGCGCUGCCGUGGAUCUGCUCAACAACAACCCUCGGGUCCUUGCAGCAGAGAAGGUCAUCCAGCUCCUGCCUGAUUCCUGGUCUGUUCAACUGGUCUCCCAGUUCUUAGUGAGAUCCCUUAGAGAAACAUUCCACCAGAGGCGGAUGGCGAUGCUGCAAAAAGCUAUCGGCCAGGUAGAGCUUAUGCGGCACAAGGUCAUUUGGAUGCAGGCCUCAAAAACAAAGUUCAAACUGGAUAAGGGACAGAAGUGUAAGGUUUGUCAGAGAGACCUUGCAGAGCCACAGUUUACCUGUAACCUCUCUGGUGACCUGAUGCACACAAGCUGUCCUGGUUUGCCCUCCACAUAAUGACACCGACCGAUAAAGCAAAACUACUGUAUGUUUAUGCAAAUAUGUGUAUCUUUACUUUUGAGGAUCACAUUCAUUUCUAGCCGGAUAAGUAUUUGCUUCGUACCCGAUCAUUCUUCUAAUGCACACUGUUUCAUCGAGACAAACUCUGUACAAGGAGGCAAUUCAUGGACCUAAGACGACUUUCCCUAAUUCAAAAAAAAAAGAAGAAAAUACAUUCUGUAAAUAACUGGUUUCAAGAUGCAAAAGAACAAGCAGGGCACUUUUUCAGGGCGGCAUGUCUGAGACAUUUCCUAGAGACAUUGCUGACAGCAAUAACUAUAAAGUGGAGGACACUCAGGGGCAUAUAUUCACUGAUCAGACAGUGGUGUUUAACAUGUGGUCGAUCUGAUGACCAAAAGGAAUUUCCCCAUCCUGCAUAUCAUGGUUUCCACUGACUGUUUAUAUAUUUGUCUGCGUAAAGCUGGAAAUAGAAUGUCAACAACUGAGAGGUUACACGUGAGAUACUUUUUCUUUUCGAGCUUGUGCAUUAAUAUACAUUUAUGCCCCCCCAAAAAAAACAAUUACAGGUUUAAAAAUGAAAAGCAAACAGGCUGAGGAAGACAUGCCUGUGCAGUGUAUGGAAAAUGAAAUCAGAAUACAUUUUUACCAACAUCAGCCCUUAUUUAGGCAACAUAACAGACAUGCAGGCUACUCCGAAUAAUAGCACACAACCUCCAGUGUGUACUUUCUACAUCUCAGAGGUUCAAAUUGUACUUUAGAGUGUAAAUCCUGUAUAUAGCUUACAACCUUAAACGUAUAGCAUUAACCAAUGAAGCCCUAUCGCUAAAAAAAACAAACAAAUAGCAACCAAAAAUUAAUCAAACUCAUAUGGACAUUCAUGGUCUCCUUUGAAAGGUAAUAUUGUAAUUAAUAUGAAUCCAAUGUAAGUCAACCUAUUUAUAUUACCACUCCAGAGUAAAUGGAGAUGCAAUAAAGGAAAGAAUACGAUUUUUAUCCUCACCUAUAUAUAAUCUUGAUUUUAAGACAAUAGCACCAUUAUAGUCACGAUCCCGUGGAUAAUGAUGCUAUUUAAUGUAAUAUCCUAUUUGUUACUACAACUGGGACUGUACAUUUGAUGAUACAAUUCACAAAGGUGGUCUGUCUGCUGGCUAUGUUUAAAAAAAAGAAAUCUCCCAAAAACAUAAUGAACACAAUGAAUAAUGAUUUUAAUAAUAAUAAUAAUAUUCAUAUAUGACUGAAGAGCUCCAUGCAAUACAGGUAGAUAAAUUGAGAAUGUCAGCGGCUUUGAUGCUCUAAUAUGAAUAUGAGGUUCACUGUGACUUCCCUUCAAACAAAACUUGACUGUAUAACUGUAAAUUACUCAAAUCUGACAUAUUUUGUCAAGAACAUCAGUUUAUGUCAAUGUGACUCUAAAAAUGUGAUGUUUGACUUAUUUUUUCCCAGUUAAUAGUGGACAAUGUGUGCUUCAAGUUGUGUUUUUUUAGAAAGUGCGGAAUUUCUAGUUUCCAGCAACACCAAACAUCCUGUUGUAGACUGACAAUGUGUACUUAGUUAAUAACAAAAAAAGUGAAAGUUUUAGACCCCAUGUUUUCAAAAAUGUAUAGCAUGCAUAUUGACCAUCUUCUACCCCGUAUCCUUUUGUAACUGCACCACAGAGGUGAACUCAGUACGGCUCAGAUGACAUUA